UUCCAUUCACUAACAUACCAUGGUGGGAAGUGGACUCUGGUGGAAGUAACAGCGACUCAUUUUCGCUUUUACAUGUUUUUAAUUUGUCUUCAAGGAGAACAAGAUAAAGGUUAUUUCCUGCCUUUUAUGCAUUUGUCAUAAACGGUAACGUUUGUAUUAUUAGGCUAAAAGCUAACCAACGACUACCAACGUGCGUCUGUCAAACCAGUCCUUCCAGUGAGCUCAUCGCCCUUUGAGCUGUCUUCAGGUGGACGGACGGGAAGGAAACAUGACGAGUUUUGCGAGUAAAGCUUUUUGCAGGGUGGAGAGGAUGUGUCAUCACCUCCCCGUUUUCCUCAACACCUUUCUGGUCUUCUCUAUCACCGGGGAGGUGAGUUACCUGGUGCUGGUCGAGGCUCCGCUGGAGCCCGACCAGAAGAAGACAGAGUGGUCCUCCUGGUGGAAAGCCGUCCACCUGCUAGCCCAGUACUUCAUGCUGGUUAACAUCUGCUGGAACGCCGUGCUAUUCAUGAGGACCAGCCCCAGCAUCAAGGGGGUGUUCCUGGGAGGAGACGGCUUGGGGCAAGGCUGGAGGUACUGUUACACUUGUGAGACCCACACUCCUCCUCGCUGCUCCCACUGCUAUGAUUGCAAUGUGUGUGUUCUGCGCCGGGAUCAUCACUGCGUCUUUUUUGGCAGAUGUGUCGGUUUCCGUAACUACCGCUACUUCCUCAGCUGCUUGUUAUUCAUGUGGUCUGGACUCCUGUAUGCCACUCUGAUGAACGCAGAGGUUUUCAUCGUCAUUUUGAAGGAGGGUGUGACUAUGCACAGCGUCUUGCUGCUGUUAAUACCUUGGAUCAUGCUAGUUUCAGGCCAGGUCUCGGCACGUGCCUUUGCCUUUGCUUUCAUCGCUGACACCUGCGUGGUGGGCUUCCUGCUUGUGUCCGCCUUCUUCUUCUUUCAUCUCUUCCUCAUGUUUCGAGGGCAGACCACCAGGGAGUGGUACUCAAACCGACGACCUUACAGCCUUGGACUCCCUGGCAACCUGCGCCACUCUCUGGGACUUCGGUGGUACAUCUGCUGGCUCUCCCCCCUCAUCCCAUCACCUCUACCUGGAGACGGGAUAAAUUUUAAGGUCACAGGAUCCCUGGACCCCAUCCGGUAAUGCCUAAAAACGGGUCAUUUUCAGGCCAUGCGUCUUUAUAUUUGUGGUGAUAGUUCGUGUUUUGGGAGCAGCAGCAGCAGGGAAGAUCACCUCUGUCCAUAGAGAGGUAGCUUGGGUUGCAAGAAUAGUCUGAGGUAUUAUGUCACGGGUAAAACUGUCUACCAGUAUGUUCUCUGCAGCCUUUUACUUGGGCUCAGACAAAUACAUUUUUGGUCAGUAGCAUUCACUGAGACUGGCCUCUGGAUAUUAAACAGAAGUUUAAAGGUUCCUUCUGUAGUAUUGAGCUCUAAAAAUAUAUGAGCAGCACUGAAAUGAGAAUGUAUUUUAUUGAUUAUUGAAGUUUGACAUUUUAAAUCCUGGACACCAGUAGAAAACACUUUUCUCUGACUUCUGCGUGGUUAUUUUUCUGGAAUAGGUGAUAGUGGCUACUUAAAUAAAUCUCUGUCAUCGUGUUAUUUUGCUGAAAUUUGAAAAUUAUACAAAUUUGACAUGUACUGUUCCUGAAUAUAAAAUACACCAUUAUUAGCCUCUUUUACGCAGCUGUGCCUAACCUUCAAGUGUCAUUAUGAACUUGUGCUAUCAAUUUUGUACAUCAUUAAUGCUUUCAAAGUGAUAUCUUAGAAUACUACAGGACAACAUGAGUUAGAAAGUGCAAAUCAGAAAGUGAGAUUUAACCUCUAGAGCAGCAGUUUACAGCCUAGUUUGGAGGCAUGCAGUAAAUACACAAUUGGGACUUACCAUAGGACUUCAAAGUUAACAGUUAGUUAAAUUUCUGUUGCCCAACUGUGACUCAGUUAGGGUUAUUUCAGAGCAACCAACCUAACCUCUUGUGGAACAACUGCUGUAUAUACUGUAUACAUGGUUUUAUAGGGUACUGUGUUCUUAAAGUGAGAAUACAGAAAAUGUACUGUUUUAUACAAUACAUAAGGUAAAAUACAUUUUGUAAAGUAUAUAUUACAGACCUGCUUUACAGUGCCACUGACCAUUAAAUUGAAAAAAAGAGAGAGGAAAAAAAAAUUUUUUUCACAAACUAUUUUUAUGUUUGUUUGCUGAGCACCUUUAUCUGUUAACCUCCAUGUUGCCAAUUCUUACUGUGUCAAUUUUCUGAUGUGAACCCACUUUGUACUCGUUUACUUCUUGUAUAUUAUUAUGCAUAUGGUCUUUAGACAUGGUUUAUACAUCUUGCUGUUCUUGAACCAACAUAAGACUUGUAUUUACCUCAUCUCAGUCCUUUUUCUGUUGCUUUUGUUGUUUUGAUCUCUGGCCUUAAAAGAUGAUGAAUAUAUUACAUGACAGCCAAAAAUAUUGUUUGAAAGUUCAGUUUUUUUGCACAACCAAUCUGAUUAAUUUGUUGCUUAUUUUUGUGCUUUGUCAAAUGGAUUACAUGAUUUGAUGUUUUAAUUUUAUGUUUGAAAGUGUUUCAAUAAAUUGUGUCAAGGGAGAAUGUUAAAAGGAAAUUAAAUUGUAUUGUUUUUAAAAAUCA